GCAGUUGCCCAUUCACAAUAUGAGGGAACUCUUCCCCUUCCCUUUGGGUUCUCAGCAUGUAGGGGAGUUGGGUAUGAGUCAUGAAAAUCCUCUAGAGGUGACUUAUGGAGGGGGUGGUUGGCUUGAGCUAAAAGAACGAUCUUAGAUACCCAGGACAAUUAGGUAAUAAAGGGCAAUGGUAUACUCCCAACCCUCAAUUUUUACACUUCUUUUCCCCAGGAGGGCCCCGGAAAUUCAGGGAUGGAGGUAUAAGGGUGGUACCUGGGAGUGGAGAGGGAGAUCUGGGGCUUCUGAUUUGUCAGUGGGGUCUCAGUUCCUAGUGCAGCUGAAGAUCAUGGACUACAGCCUUCUGCUGGGCAUCCACGACAUCAUUCGCGGCUCUGAACCGGAGGAGGAGGGGCCUGUGCGGGAGGAGGAGUCAGAGGGGGAUGGGGAGUGUGCCCUGACCGGACCUCCUGCUCUGGUGGGCUCCUAUGGCACUUCCCCUGAGGGUAUCGGCGGCUGCAUCCAUUCCCACCGGCCCCUGGGCCCUGGAGAGUUUGAAUCCUUCAUUGAUGUCUAUGCCAUCCGGAGUGCUGAGGGGGCCCCUCAGAAGGAGGUGUAUUUCAUGGGCCUCAUUGACAUCCUGACACAGUAUGAUGCCAAGAAGAAAGCAGCUCACGCAGCCAAAACUGUCAAGCAUGGGGCGGGGGCAGAGAUUUCUACUGUCCAUCCUGAGCAGUAUGCUAAGCGAUUCCUGGAUUUUAUUACCAACAUCUUUGCCUAAGAGACUGCCUGACUCCAUGGCGACUGCUGCUGUGUGUUCCAGGUGGUGGGGUUCUGAGAGGCUCGGGGGAAUUGUGGAUAUUCUGGCCACUGCUUCUGCUCUUUCUCUUUUGCUAACUUCAGGCUACAGGCUCCUUCCAUCCAAAUAACUCAGUCUUGUUGAGUUGGCUCUUCCUGGCCCUCAGAAAUACAUUGUCCUCUCUCCUCUUCUUUCCUUCUCCCUUCCCCUCCAGCAAGUCUGCUUGCUUCAUUAGAGUGUUACUGUUGACUCUCUCCCAAGUGCCUUGAUCUUUGUAAAAUGUCCUGUUGUUUCCAUAACAUAGGAGGAGCUGGGGGAAGGGUGUUGUUUGCCAUCUUCAGGACCUGACUGGACAGCUGGACCUGGCUCAAGCUGCUACUCUGGAUGCACCUUGCUGUGUGGGAUGAACUAAGAGUGUCUGAAUUUUGCUGAUAACUUUAUAGAGCUCACUGUGGCACACUUCCUUCCCGGUAGGCCCUGGGAUGGAAGAUUUUCAAAAUACUACAGAUGUGGGUGCAGGCAUGCACACACACGAUGGGAUAUGGCCAAUCUUAUGCGGCUGGGGUGGAGAAUGGUGGGCGGGCUGGCAGCUCAUGGAGGUGGGACCUCUGAGGACUUAUGAUUAUGCAGGGAAUUGGAGGUCUCUGUUGAGGGUUGACUACUCUCCAGUCUCUUCCCUCACCCCACGUUCACCCCCACCAGAGAUGGCCACAGUGUUGAAUCCUGGGUGAAGGUAUUUGACUGUUGCUGCUCUUCACCAGGACCUCACAUCCCUCCUGGAGCUGGAGCCCUUCAUUGGGGGUGUGGCCAGUUCUGGAGGCUGGGAGGAUGAGCCAGGGGUAUAAGGUUCACUCCCCAUGUUAAAUUUCCUUUCUUCAUGUCUAGCCACCCCUAAGGUUUUAGACCCAGCAGAAGGGAAUAUCUCUACCUGGGUUAACCCUGGUUAUUUCAAGAGAACGGAAGUCUCACAUGUGGGAACCUCCUCUACUGCCUGGAAGUGUGCCCCUAGCAUACUUACUUCCCCUCUCCUUCCCAAACCCUUUUUCCAGUUGGAUUUGUUAUUCUGUUCAUCUUAUACUGCUACUGUGUCUCUCAGGGGACAGAUGGCCGCCUUUGUCAUCUUCACUCUCCACCCCCAGAGAGGAGUCAGAGCCAUAACCCGGCCCCCUCCAAAGAUAGUUGAGUUAAUACGUGAUAUUCUCAGAAUGUAGCAGACCCUGAUGAGCUGAGAUAGUGUACUCCCUUCCCCGCAAUGCCCUUGGGGCUCAGGCAGCCAUUCUUGUGAUCCUACAUCCCCCCUGAGGCUUCUGCACUUCUCUAAAACAUAAAGAUGGGCACCAGCAAGUGGCCUGUGGGGUACAAAGACUCGUGCUCUGUAUCUGCCUGGACUGAUCUGUGUCACAAGAAGUCAUGAGGUCAUAAAGGAGAAUUUCCUCCUGCCCCUCCAUCUUCUGCUCCAAAGGAAGUGACAAGAGGAGUCCCUAUAAUAUGGUCCUGUCAGGAGGCUGAUGGAUCUUUUUCAUUCCAGCCAUCUACCUUUCCCCUGUUGAAUGCAAUAAAACUCCAUGACACCAGCAACUUUUGUUCUUUAGAAAUGGGUUUUCUGACCAUGUGGCUGAUGUAUCAUAAGCAUUAUGGUCUUCUUCAUUUGUUCCUUCUGUUUUUUUUUCAUCUUUUUUGUUUUAUUAAUUAAUAAAAAAGACCUUGUGUAUUUACUCCCGUUGCUGUCACUAUAUAGAAAAUAAAUUAUUGAAUCCAAA